AACAAGAUACCGAGGUUUAUUGAUUGAUAGAAUACAACAACAGAAGAGAAAAAUGAACAGACAACUUGUUCACCUACAGAACUAUGAAGACAGAUAUGAACAAUCAGCAAACAGAUCGGUACAAUUCCUCUUAUUUAUAAAGACCAGUCGUGUCCCCCAGAUAAAGAACAGUCCUAGUCAGUUAUUGAGUGUCAUCACAGAAAUCCAAAUGACAACAGGAAAACGACAAGUAGGAAUAGACGAGUGUGUGAAACUGAUGUCCACACCUGUAUUACACACGUCUGUCUGUGUGACAGGUGUUAGUGAUGUGUUACACAUAUCUCGUGUGAAGUCGGAUCGGGUCUGGGUCUCUGAUGAUGAAGACAAUUUCAUCUUGACAGAUACAACAGGAGACACUAUACACCGUGUGACAGAUAUAAUUACAUUGUAUGUAGGAGGAGGACUACACACAGUGAACAGUUCCGGUGAACUGAUUUAUAUAGACAGUGAACUUGACAUCAACAAAUUGUCUACAGACAAUCACACAAUCACCAGACUGUUACAGUGUACAUCACCAUGGUAUCCACGGUGUGUGUACUGCUCCCUGUCCACUGGGGAUCUAAUGGUCGGGAUGUGGAACACUGAUACAGGCAAAGUAACCCGGUACAACAGUAGUGGUCAACAUAUCCUGACCAUAGAACACGACAAUACAGGUCACACGAUGUAUAGUCGUCCUCGUUAUAUCACAGAGAACAACAACGGUGAUAUUAUUGUGUCUGACUGGAUUACUAUUAACCGUGGUGCUGUAGUGGUGACAGAGCGCGGGGGUAGACAUCGAUUCUCCUACACAGGACCUCCAUCAGGAUCAUCACUAGAUCCACGUGGAAUCUGUACAGACGCGUUGUCACACAUCCUGGUGUGUGAUGUUAAAACCGACACAGUACAGAUAAUUGACAAGGACAGUCACUUCCUGUCUCUGUUACUGACACAACACGGGAUAAACUAUCCACGAAGCCUGAACUAUGAUGAUAAAACUCACCUUCUAUGGGUCGGAUCACUGACCACCAACACAGUGUCUGUAUAUAGAUAUCUACAGAGGAGGUACUCUCUGACUGAUUAUCCAGACAGUGUGGACGAGGACGCCAAAAAAGAAUCUGACUCUGAUGACGAGGACGCCAGAGAAGAAUCUGACUCUGAUGACGAGGACGUCAGGGUAGAAGCUGCUCCUAAAACAUUUUGCCAGCGGUGUAUCUUGGUGUAG